GUCGACUCAAAUGAGUAUCUGGUGCGGUGUGUAAGCAUCGCCUCUGGGGAGACAAAGGCGGCCUUUAUUUAACCAGGCUAGAUUGUGUGAGGAGCUCACAAAUCCUUGAAAGAUCUGGACAAAGUCCCAUCCGUGAGCUCCUCCGGCAGGCAAGGCUGCGUUGGCUGGGUCAUGUAGCCCGCAUGCCCAGCCACCGCAUGCCUAAACAGCUUCUGUUUGGCCGGAUCGAGGGGGCUAAACGGGCGCAGCACGGGCUAGAGGGGAGAUGGAGUGAUGUGGUACAGGAGGACGUGGAGCUGAGUGGACUUGCCGAUGACUGGUACCAGCGGUGUCAAGAUCGGCCUCAGUGGAGGAGGCUCGUGAAGGACGCUACUGGGCAGUUGGAGGCAGUCGCCCUCCAGCAACAACGGAGGGCGGAGGAGCGACGCUCACAACAACGAGCGGAGCGCCGGGUGGCUAAAGCACAGCAAGUUGGUACAGUAGGGGGCACAGGUGGUGCAUCAGCCAGUCAUCUCGGUCAUCUCGGUCAGUUGACCCGUGGCACCUGCUGGGUCUGCCCCGUGACCUCCUGCCAGCUGGGCGUUCGACACUUCACGUGGCCUCAAGCGCUCCAGGAGGGCCGCUCGUGCGAGCUGGCAGGCCGCGUGUACCAGCACGGGGAGUCGUUCUCUGUGAGCUGCACCCACCGCUGCUCGUGUGUGGACGGCGCCGCGGGCUGCGCCCCGCUGUGCCCGCGGCCACGGCCGCCGCUGCCGCCGCUCCACGCGUGUCCACGGCCCCUGCUGAGACGCGCGCCAGGCACUAACGCCUGCUGCCUCGAGUGGGACUGUGGACCGUCGUCUGCACACGGCCUGGAGAGUGGUGGAGGAGGAGGAGUAGGAGGCAGUGAUGAGGUGGUGGCAGAUGCAGCAGGGGAUAUCCUAAAGGAGGGCUUCAAAGGAGUGAAAACAUUGGCAGCUUUCCGCGGUUCCGACGCCUCCCGCCUCCUCCCUCCCGCUGCCCCGCCGGCGGCGGCCGAGACGCUUGGCGCGUGUCGGGGCGAGCCGUCGCCCGGCUGGUCUCCCUGCUCCGCGUCGUGCGGCCGGGGUCGUUCCACUCGUCUGGCCGGGCACGUCGGGGUCGGGUGCCGGUCGGUCCGCCGCACGAGAGCCUGUCUUGUGAGGCCGUGCGGAUCGUCUCCACGUCAAAUGCGCCGUCACCGUGGCGAUCGCGGCGUCACCAAGGACCACCACCGCAGCCACCGCCAUCGGCACCACCACCACCACCGCCGCCGCCAGCGCCAGCAGCAGCACCAUCGCCGCGACGGCGACGGCGGCGGCUGCCUCGUGCGCCCGUCGCUCCCGGCGCUGCGUGCCUGCCGUGGUGGAGGGCGACUGCGUGAGUCUCCGACCUCUCCGCGUCCCACGCUGCCCCGCGGGCUGCGAGCCGCAGACCCGCUCCACCGCCACCACCGCCACCACCGCCACCGCCACCACCGCCACCACCGCUGAGCGCCGGA